UAAUCCUAACUUGUAACCCUAACCCUAAGCCUCACUCUAACUCUAUCCCUAACCCGUAACCCUAAACCUUAACCUAAACCUAACAGUCACCCUAACCCUAACCUUGACCCUCACCUUAACCCUCACCCAAACCUGAUCUCAUAGCUGAACCUUAACCAUAACCACAACUCCACUCCUACCCCUACCCCCACCAUGUCCCACCCACACCCCAUCCUUCAGCCGCCCCCCGCCCUGCCCAAUAUGACGGCAGCUCUGCCCCACUGUGGGAGUUUGCAUGUGCAAAAUGACACCUGUGCAGCUGUAUGCCUGCACAAAUGUGUGCGUGUUGUGAACACGUGUACUUAGAGCAUAGAACGUGAAGGUGUGCUCUGGGUACUCAACACCAAAUGUCAUUACACAUGUGUAGCAAGUCCUGUGGUCAUAUGCUGUCCAUGUGUGCUGUCACAUAUGCACAAUAAAUGUACGUACACAUGUACUACAUGAUUAACCCUGAGCCUUUGAGUGUGUAUGUGUGACACAAUACAUGUACACCAAUGUGUGUACACAACAAUGCACGUCUGUGUCCUUAGCAUGCAGUUCCCGUGUUGGCACUCCAUGUGUGUCAGCACUGCACACACAUGUCCAUAGCAUGUGCCUGAUGUCAGUACCACAUGUGUGCCCCACUAAAAAUGUGUGUCCUCAUACUGUGCCCCAUGUCUGUGUGAGUGUCACUGUGUCCCCAAAGGUCCCUGCUGAUGUCCCCAGUGGGGAUAGCAGAGGAAAGUGCAGUGGGGACAGAGUGUGGUACCCAAAGCGUGUGGUGACAGCUGGACUUGUUGGAGAACACAUGUGACAUCCCAUGUGGGACAUCCCAUUGCAGUACGUGUCCUGUGUUUGGCAUCCCAUGGGGCACACCUUGCAAGGCCAUGCCCUGGCAGUCCACUGGGGACAGUGUGUGACACCCAAGCGAUGACAAUCUGCAAAGGGCAACCCAACGGGGACUGUUUGCAUCGCUCCAUGUGUAACACAUUACUGGGGACCCCACAGUGCCACCACCCCUUUGGGCACGACACUUGCCACAUCAGGAGGUGACCUCACAGCAUCCUGUCUACAAGAGGAACUGACACCAGCUAUCCAGACUCCACCUGUUCCCACUGCAGUCUCACUGUCCCCAAGCUGAUCCUGCCUCAUGGCACCAGUGGCGCGGGCCCUCACCCUGGGUUGGAGUCUGGUGGCAGUGAUCAGGGCACAGCACCUGCCCCGACCCUCCCUGUGGCUGCACCCCAGCCAGGGGGUGUCCGUGGGUGACAAUGUCACCCUGCGGUGCCAUCUGCCCUGGCCGGUUGCCUGGGUCUGGCUGUACCAGGAAGGAGGUUGGACAUACAGCAAGAGCAAGGACAAGCAGCAGGACGCAGCUGAGUUCUCCUUCAUCAGCACAAGUCGGGAACACGCAGGUACAUAUCGGUGCCAGUACCGGGAGCCUGAGUCAGCAAAGAUAUCAGAGCAGAGUGACCCCGUGCAGCUGGUGGUGACAGGUGAGGGCACUGGGGACAGUGGAUGGCUCUGGGGGCUCCCAGCAGGACCAUGUCCCAGUGCUGUCCCCUCCGCUCAUGCAGAUCACAGCUUCCCACCACCCGACAUCUCCCUUCGCCCUGAGGAACGUGUGGGGACAGGGACCAAUGUCACCUUCCACUGCUGGAACAAGGGUUUUGAGGCCACCUUCCUCCUGCACAAGGAUGGGUGUUCAGCUCCUGUACAGCACCAGGUCUCCAGUUGGGGGGGUGCAGCAAAUUUUACAGUCUUUGGGGUGGCCCCAGCAGAUGCUGGCACCUAUAGGUGUUCCUACCGCCCCUGGCAUUACCCCCAUCUGUCCUCUCCCCUUGGAGACAGUGUGAUGCUGGAGGUAACACCCACACCUGCACCCCCAGGUAAGUCUGAUCCCUUUUUUCAGUGCACCCCCUGCUGUGGAUGGGUGGUGUCUCACUGCAUCCAGUCUGCAUGGGGGUUGUGGAUGGCAACAGGAACAACCAAACACCCCACAGGUGCCAAAGAAUUGUCCCGUGCAAAUCUGGUGAUAGCACUGGUGAGGGGCUUGGUCGCUGCACUCGUCUUUGGCCUUGGAGUCUUCUUUGUCAUUGAUGCCCGCAGCCUCUGGAGAUGAAGAGAUGAGAGCUCUGGUGAGGAAGGGGUUAAAUGUCUCCUAUCCCCUAUAGAUCCCCCCAGUGUCCCCUGCCCACCCUUCUAUCCCCUAUCGAUCCUCCCAGGUGUACCUUCCUGCCCCUUGAUCCCCUAUAGAUUCUCUAUAGGGCUCCUUGUACGUGACUCAAGGCCUCCCCAUAACCCCCACCUGCUCCACUCCACCCAUGACACAGUUGCCCCCCAAAAUGCCUGACACCGUGCACUUCCAGGUCAUUGUCUGGGUCAGGGGACUCAAAUCCCAACUUGCCCCUAGGGGCCUCACCAAAGCCCACCACGGAAACCCAAACCCUGUCCACAAGACAAUAAAUUUCAAGAAAAUUGAAUUCUGCAUUGUGGGGAAACUCCAGACACAAAAUCUCAGCCCUCAGACACGCUGCAGCCCUCCAGGCCAUCAACAUGCCCCAGACCCCAUAAAGCACCCACAUACCAAGUAGAAGGAACCCCAAAACCCACACAUAUGGUACACCAAUAUCUGACUCAUGGGGGUGACAGAUCUAAUCCCCUGUGGACCCACAAUCCCUAAACACUCCCACACCCUGCAGGCACACCCAAACCACAGCAGGACCCCCCGAUAUCUCCCAUGGGAUCCCCAACUCUCAGUCCCUCCCAAACUCCAGACCCACCCUCUUGGACUCAGCCCUCAAAUACCCUCACCAUAGGCCCCCCUACAAAGGAGGUUGGAGACCCCCAUGGUGGCACCUCACUGUUCCUCCGUGUCUCCAGGUACCCCCAGUGACAGUGAGUGUCUGACCUGCACCAAGAUUCAUGCUGUGACCCCUGGUCCCCGGGCACCCAGGGCAGCUGACACCCCUCAGCCCCCCAUUAACUACAGCAAGGUGGGCACUGGGGGACCCCGCUGAUAGCCACACACACACAAUGUCUUGUUUUUUAGGUGCACUGAAAUGGACAGACCCCAGAUUCCCCCGACUGGAGCUCACUGAUCCCCUUACACCCCCAAAUCCCAAGGAAUCUAACAUCCCCAGAUCCUCCCCUGUGCACCUCGUCUCAUUCCCACACACCAAAUCCCUCAAUUCCCCACUCUAACCCCCACAUCCUCCCUGAUCCACCUCAAAUUCCACAACAUCCCUGGAGAUUCCAAAUCCUCUUCAUUCCAGCCCAAGACGCAAAACCAUUCCUACGGGACCCCAAAUCCUUCCCAAUCCACUCCUACCAGUACCCAUUAACCGCACACCACGUGUUAUCAACCUCCACUUUGAUCCCCUCUAGAUCCCUCCAGGUGUCUCUGGCCUGCCCUUCAGUCCUGCUCUCAGCAUCAGUCGGUGGGUUUGGGGCCACUGCUUUGUGCAUCAUUUUGUAAAUAUGUACCUGUGUUAUCCUGAUAUCACCCACGGUGAUUUCUCUCUUCAGUCUCAGUAAAUAGAUUUUAUUACCACCUGUGAGUUCUGCCUUUUUGUCUUCUACCCCACUGGGAGGGAUCAGUGAGAAUCCAAGCUGUGUGGUGCUGAGCUGCUGCCGGGUGCCAGCACUGCAGUCCUUGUGGUGGGGGCCCAGCGUGGAGCGCAAAGGGUGGAGAUCCCAACAGAUGUGAGCAGAGCGUGUUCCAACACAACUGCUCUCAGCUCUCAGUGGGACUUCAGCCACCGGAGGAGCACUCGCAAUGCCCCCCUCUCAUCCAACCCACACAGCCCAGCUCUGCAACUCCUCAAAAUGCACCGGCAUCUCUUUUCUCCUCCUCCCCCUCUCACGUUCUUCCUCAGCUUCUCUCCAUGUUCUCUCUUCUCUUUCUUAUUCUCUCUCUUCCUCCUUCUC